AUGUCACAGCUAGUUCUUUGGUUCUUGCUGAUAUGCACUUGUACUGCCACUGAAAAACCUCAAGAACAUGUUCAUGUUGAUGAAACUGCUUGUAAAGACUGCACAAUUUGCCAAUACCCUUAUUGCAUCAACAACCAGCCGGUUCUUCCUCCUCCUCCACCGUCGCUGCCGUUGCCGCCGCCGCCUCCUCUUUAUCCGGUGAAUUGUCAGCCACCCCCGGUGGCUCCGGUGGAUUGCUGCCCUCAAAACAUGGGGCCUCCACCCCCGGGCCCUCAAAACAUGGGGCCUCAAAACUUGGGAGCUCCACCGCCGCCGGUCUACUAUACAUACCCGGAACAGUCUGCAGCCUCGGAGCCGCCAUUGAUGGAGCCUCGUACUUCCCUUUUUUCAUGGUUUGUUGGUUCCUUGCCCAUACUCAUGGCUGUUGUCUUUCAAGGUGCUUGA